AUGGCAAGAUUAAGCUCAGAUGAACCUCAUUACAUGUACGAGGAUUACGAUUAUGAGGCUGAUCCUGACAAUGUACCCAUCGAACAACUGGUGCCAGUAUCACUAACAUACGGACUUACUAUCAUACUAGGGUUGAUCGGAAACUGUUUAGUGAUUGUUUCGGUAGCGAAAUUUAAGAAAAUGCAAAAUGUGACUAAUAUAUUUUUGCUUAGUCUCGCUACAGCGGACCUUCUGUUGGUCAUGAUAUGUAUCCCUGUUAAGUGUGCCGCAUUCUUUUCCUACACGUGGAAGUUUGGAGCAGUGAUGUGCAAGCUCGUUCAUUACGUGCAGAACAUCUCAAUCUUGUGCUCCGUUAUGAAUCUGACGGUGCUUAGCCUAGAAAGAUAUUACGCCAUCAUCCAUCCAAUAAGAGCUAAAUGUGUCAGUACGGUGACACUUGCCAAGAAGAUAAUCGCUGUUAUUUGGGUACUCAGCUUCGUUCUAGCCACUCCAAUUUUAAUAGGAAGGGUACACAAACCAGUUGGACCAGAGAAUGCUACGGUCUACUGGUGUAUCAUUAGCUGGGAGAAACCAUGUUUCCGUCCAGAUUUUGAAACAUCAAGGACAGACGGCGGACCAAACGGGUUUAAAGGUUCGCAGAUCUUUGAACUGCGAUGCAUGGGUGGCAGCGAAAACCAUUCGUUAAACAGACUAACGAAACCAUCAUUAACUUCAUUAAAUGAUAAAAACACACGACGACAGGUCAUCAAAAUGCUUGUCGCAAUUGUGUUGAUUUACCUGGUUUGUUGGGGACCAAUCACCACCAACAAUAUGCUGGUGUCAUUUGGCCUUGUCGACGACCUUCACACUGGCUUCCUUCGACCAAUGAGGAUUACGUUCUUUAUUCUGUCCUACAUCAACAGUUGCACUAACCCAAUUGUGUAUGCCUUCAUGUCGAAAUAUUUCCGAAAGUCAUUCACGCAAACUUUACUGCUACUCUGCAGGAAGCAAACAUAUCAGGAAUGCGACAGGUUUCGUCCAACUCGAACGUUUGGCGAAACGCGUUCCGUCUCGUUCCAUUCAGGUUUAACAACAUCAAUAAGGAAAAGUCGCUCAUUUCAGACUGUAUAUGAUUUUAGAGACAAAGGUGUUAAUUGUUCUGAUCCAAUUCAAAAAGACUAUACUUCCCCCUCUAGUCGAGUGAAAUUUGACAUGCGCCGCAAAUUAAUAUCGUCCAAUUAAAUUAAUUUAGGUUCAGCGUAAUAUAAAGUCUUCACAUGUUUUGGUCGACAUACGAACAACUUUUUAAAUAAUAUUAGUAUGUACUGUUUAGUUUAUAAUAAUUUCAAUGACUUUAAAACUAUUGUUAUGGUUGUCACUUGCAGGAAGUGUUAAUGUUGUUAAAAAGUACAAAUUUCCAUGUAAACCUCUUAACAUUAUAUAAUAAUUAUAUUACAAAACCAAUUCACACACAUUUACAAUCUCAAACCAGG